AUGGUAAAAGAAACAAAAUUAUAUGAUUUGUUAGGAGUCACCCCUUCAGCAAAUGAACAAGAGAUAAAAAAAGGUUAUAGGAAAGCUGCCCUAAAGUACCAUCCAGAUAAACCUACUGGUGAUACGGAAAAAUUCAAACAAAUUUCAGAAGCAUAUGAAAUCCUAAGUGAUUCAAAUAAAAGAGAAAUAUAUGAUCAAUAUGGGUUAGAAGCGGCCAGGAAUGGUGGUGCUAUGCCUAUGCCAGGACAAGAUGGUACCACGUUUACCUCAACUGGUGGAUUCCCAGGUGGUGGUGGUGCUCAUGCUUUCUCAAACGAAGAUGCAUUUAAUAUAUUUUCACAAUUCUUUGGAGGCGGCGGUUCAGAUGGUGGGUUUGGUUUCCAAAGUUUCCCAGGCUCCGGAGGUAGUGGUCACACUAAUGUUAAAUUUAGUUCUAGUGGUUUCCCAGGAGGGUUUGGUGGAAUGUCACAGGAGAUGCCUGGUGGAUUUUCUAGUGCAAGCACCGGUGGUAUUCCAAACGGAUUCAAUAGUCCAUAUGAAGAACGAAUGUCUGCACAAGAAGAAGGUGUUGACGAAGUCCAUAUUUCUGUUAGUCUAGAAGAUUUGUUCGCUGGUAAAAAGAAAUCUUUUAAGAUUGGUAGAAAAGGACCUGGUGGCGUACAGGAAAAGACACAAAUUGAUAUCCAAUUAAAACCUGGUUGGAAGGCAGGGACCAAACUAACGUAUAAGAAUAAAGGUGAUUAUAAUCCAAGGACGCAUGGGAGGAAAACAUUACAGUUCAUUAUUGAUGAAAAACCACAUCCUACUUUCCAACGAGAAGAUGAUAAUUUAGUAUGUACUGUGCCUUUAACUUUCAAAGAAUCCUUGUUAGGGUUUUCUAAAACAGUACAAACGAUUGAUGGAAGAAAUUUACCAAUAUCAAGAUCACAACCUAUACAACCUACUGAAAUCACAAGAUAUCCAGGUCAAGGUAUGCCAAUUUCAAAGAAACCGGGCCAGAGAGGUGAUUUGAUUGUUAAAUAUAAAAUAGCGUACCCAAUAACGUUAACACAAGCGCAAAGAGAUGCCAUUAAAACAAAUUUUAAUGUCUGA